UAAUAGAUUGGCCACUGUAACUAGAGCAAAGGAACAGCGAAUGUCGUAGAUAACGGUUAACGAUUAAAAUAACACCUUAUUUUAAAACCACAUUUGAUUGACGCUUUUUAGGGAUAAUAUCACUUGAUUUACAGAUUUUGUCUGCUGUUUAAAACGUGUUGGGAGGGAAAAGAAUAAGCGCUGAAAUGAAGUCAACGGCUAUCUUUUUGCUACUGAUGCUUUGGAACUGCGAGAGCGCGAGAGUCGCAGAAAGUCGAGACGACAACAGUGUGUUUGACCUGUUCGAGCUCGUCCAACUGCCAAGGAAAAACCAAGCGGUCACCCUGGUAAAAGGCGACGACCCCUACAGUCCCGCUUACAAGAUCCUGAACCCCGACCUAAUCCCCCCGGUUCCCGAGAGCGCCUUCAGGGACCUAAUCGAUUCCAUUCACGCGGAGAGGGGAUUUCUACUGCUGGUCAAUUUCAAGCAGUUCAAGCGGACCAGGGGAAGCCUUUUGACCGUGGAAAAGAAUGACGGUUCCGGACCCAUUUUCGAAAUCGUUUCCAAUGGAAAGGCAAACACUCUGGACAUUGUUUUUUCCACCGAAAACAAGCAACAGGUUGUGUCCAUCGAGGAAGCGGAUUUGGCAGUGGGACAUUGGAAGAACAUCACUCUUUUCGUGCAGGAGGACAGGGUUCAGUUCUAUGUGGGAUGUGAGGAGGUGAAUUCAGCGGAGCUUGAUGCUGCUAUCCAGACUAUUCUCACUCAGGACACCCCAGGUGUGGCGAGCUUGAGGAUCGGCAAGGGUGCAGUGAAGGACAGGUUCAUGGGAGUGCUGCAAAACGUGCGCUUUGUUUUCGGAACGACACUGGAUGCAAUUCUGAGGAAUAAAGGAUGCCAAAACUCAAUUAUGACAGAUGUCAUCACCCUUGACAAUCCUAUAAAUGGAUCCAGACCGGCAAUUAGGACUGAUUACACUGGCCACAAAACAAAAGAUUUGCAGAUGAUUUGUGGCUUUUCAUGUGAGGACCUGGCUAGCAUGUUCAAGGAGCUCAAAGGUCUUGGUGUGGUGGUGCAAGAGUUGUCCAAUGAACUCCGCAAAGUGACGGAUGAGAAAAACAUGCUCAUGAAUCGCAUGGGCAUUCAUGCUGGCGUCUGUCUUCACAAUGGAAUUGUGCACAAAAAUAAGGAGGAAUGGACAGUGGACGAUUGCACAGAGUGCACUUGCCAGAACUCUGCGACUGUAUGCCGCAAGAUUUCGUGUCCCCUAAUCCCAUGUGCAAAUGCCACAGUGCCUGAUGGGGAGUGCUGUCCUCGUUGUGGAACCCCAAGUGACUCUGCUGAGGACGGCUGGUCCCCCUGGUCUGAAUGGACACAUUGUUCUGUGUCCUGUGGAAGGGGCAUUCAGCAGCGCGGCCGCUCCUGCGACCGCAUCAAUAACAACUGCGAGGGCACGUCUGUGCAGACAAGAGACUGCUACCUCCAGGAGUGUGACAAGCGCUUUAAGCAAGAUGGCAGCUGGAGUCAUUGGUCACCCUGGUCGUCCUGCUCAGUUACCUGCGGUGCUGGAGUUAUCACCCGCAUUCGUCUCUGCAACUCACCAACACCGCAGAUGGAGGGCAAAGAUUGCCAAGGUGAAGGCAGGCAGACUGAGAGGUGUGAGAAGUCGCCAUGUCCAAUCAAUGGUGGAUGGGGACCAUGGUCACCUUGGGAUACUUGCUCUACUACCUGUGGUGGUGGUUUCCAAAGCCGUAAGCGUCUUUGCAAUAGUCCAGUACCCAAGUAUGGCGGUAAAGACUGUGUCGGAGACACAAAGGUCACCCAGGUUUGCAACAAGCAAGUCUGUCCAAUUGAUGGAUGUCUUUCGAAUCCAUGCUUUAAUGGAGCCCAGUGCACUAGUUUCCCAGAUGGCUCCUGGAAAUGUGGAAAAUGCCCCACAGGUUACACUGGCAAUGGAAUUGAGUGCAAAGACAUUAAUGAGUGUAAGGAGGUCCCUGAUGCUUGCUUUGAAUUUAAUGGAGUCCACAGAUGUGAGAACACAGUACCUGGCUACAACUGUCUGCCAUGCCCCCCUCGCUACACUGGCCCACAGCCGUUUGGUCGAGGAGUGGAGGAUGCUGCUGCCAAGAAACAGGUGUGCACACCCCGUAAUCCUUGCAUCGAUGGAAGCCAUGACUGCAAUAAGAAUGCUCGCUGCAACUACCUGGGCCAUUUCGCAGACCCCAUGUUCCGCUGUGAGUGCAAGCCUGGCUUUGCGGGAAAUGGACAUAUCUGUGGAGAGGACACCGAUCUUGAUGGCUGGCCUAAUGCUGAUCUUGUAUGUGUCGAGAAUGCAACCUAUCACUGCAAGAAGGACAACUGUCCCAACCUUCCAAACUCUGGGCAAGAGGACUAUGAUAAGGAUGGAAUUGGCGAUGCUUGUGAUAAUGAUGACGAUGAUGAUGGCAUUCCUGAUGACAGGGACAACUGCCCACUCAUCUUCAACCCAAGGCAGUACGACUACGAUCGUGAUGAGGUGGGAGACCGCUGUGAUAACUGUCCAUACAACAGCAAUCCAGACCAGACUGACACUGACAACAAUGGUGAAGGCGAUGCCUGUGCUGUGGAUAUUGAUGGAGAUGGUAUUUUAAAUGAGAAGGACAACUGCCCAUAUCUGUACAAUGUAGACCAGAAAGACACUGAUCUAGAUGGAGUUGGUGACCAGUGUGACAACUGCCCUCUGGAGCACAACCCAGACCAGCUUGACUCUGACUCUGACCGUGUUGGAGACAAAUGUGAUAGCAACCAGGACAUUGAUGAGGAUGGUCACCAAAACAACCUAGACAACUGUCCAUACAUUGCCAAUGCAAACCAGGCUGAUCAUGACAAGGAUGGUAAAGGGGAUGCCUGUGACUAUGAUGAUGAUAAUGAUGGCAUUCCUGAUGAUAAGGACAACUGCAGACUGGCUUUCAAUCCAGAUCAACUGGAUUCUGAUGGUGAUGGACGAGGUGAUGCUUGUAAAGAUGACUUUGACCAGGAUAAUGUCCCAGAUAUCUAUGAUGUCUGCCCAGAGAACUUUGACAUCAGUGAGACUGACUUCCGCAAAUUCCAGAUGGUUCCUCUGGAUCCCAAGGGCACCUCUCAGAUUGACCCCAAUUGGGUGGUUCGUCACCAAGGCAAAGAACUUGUUCAGACUGUCAACUGCGAUCCUGGCAUUGCUGUUGGUUUUGAUGAGUUCAAUUCAGUUGACUUCAGUGGAACUUUCUUCAUCAACACGGAGAGAGAUGAUGACUAUGCCGGCUUCGUUUUUGGAUACCAGUCCAGCUCUCGCUUCUACGUGGUGAUGUGGAAGCAGAUCACACAGACUUACUGGUCCAGCACACCAACGAAGGCGCAGGGUUACUCAGGGUUGUCAAUCAAAGUGGUUAAUUCCACCACUGGGCCAGGCGAGCAUUUGAGGAAUGCCCUCUGGCACACCGGAGACACUCCAGGACAGGUGCGCAGUCUGUGGCAUGACCCAAAGAAUGUCGGAUGGAAGGACUUCACUGCUUACAGAUGGCACCUGACUCACAGACCAAGAACUGGACACAUAAGAGUGGUGAUGUAUGAAGGCAAAAAGAUCAUGGCAGAUUCUGGUAGAAUUUAUGACAAAACAUAUGCAGGUGGAAGACUGGGUCUCUUUGUUUUCUCACAAGAGAUGGUAUACUUCUCAGACCUCAAAUACGAAUGUAGAGAUGCGUAAUUGCACAGGCAGGAAGUUUAUCAAAGAAUGCACCUUUCUGUACAAAUAUGUAUUCCGUGCAAAGUCCAGGGACAAAUUUGAUGCUACUUUUCUGCUAUCGCUUACACUGUGGUGGAGUGAGAAAGCAGGUGGUCAAUUCCAAUGUAAUUGUCGCUUGUUGGGAUAGAAACCAACUGGCUACCGAUUAAGAAUCUGGACCCCUCCACCAUUAGCAGGUAAAGCAGAAAAAAGUCUCCCUCGCUUUGCUUAAUUGGAAAGACUGAUAUCUCUCUGAAAAACCUCAUUCAGCUCUGUGCGGGAGGAGCUCCUAGCAGACAGCUAUGCACUUCAAAACCUUUACUCUCUCUCUCACACACUCAAACACAAUUUCAUACUCUCUUUCCCUGAAAAGAUGUCCAAAUUAAGAUCAGUUUAGAGAGAGUGCACCCCCUUUAAAAAAUGGAGGACAUUAUUUUAUGAAAACAUUUGGACUUGACUACUUGACUUCAAACAAUGCAUUGAGAUACUGAAGAAAUCAACAAUUCAAUUGAAAACAAAGUCAUCCUGAAUGCAUGAGAAAAAGAAUACAAUUUAUGUUUUAAAUUUUGAGAGGAUCAAUUUGUUGAUUUUGUCUACAUUUCUGUCUGUCUUAAAUUUUGCUUAGCAUAGUCUCAUCUAAAGCUUCAUGUACAUUUAUAAAGGGCUGGUGUGAGACAACUCAUGGCUUAGUGUGCAUAGUUUUCUCAGGGCUAGAUGGUUAAACCAUUUGAACAAUUCAUUAGAGAUGGCAUAAUGAAAGGUUGUACUGAAGAGGAAUUGGACAGAUCCUGGUUUAAAGAUACACCACAGUGAUUAAUGUUCCACAACAAUCUCCAUUACAGAAAUGGCUCACCACAUAUGGAUGCUCGAUUACCAAGUAAUCUAGUGUCCUUCUCAAAUAAAAAUUUGAGGCAAGUUUUAUUUGAGAAGCUCAUUUCUAAGGGAGAGUUGAGUUCAAGUCUUUCAGACUCAAGCUCUACAUAGAGUUAUGUAGCACUUAGAAAAUGCUUAUCGAGUAUGGCUAGACUGUGUUAUGAGAUUUUGCUUCAAGAAGCGUAAGAGAAGCCUGCCUCUCUAAAUAUUCCCCCUUACUAAAAACUAUUUAUUGCAACCAUUUUAAAUAUAUAAUAAAAAAUGAAAGACCAUACUACCGAGGCUCUGUCUAGUUCUCUUCAUUAGCCUUUCCAGUUAGAAACCAUUCAUACACCACUUUGAAUGGAGAUGGUCUUCUGAAUGGUAUGUUUGACCAGUGUGCCUUUUCUGUAGAGAGAGGGAGAGAGAUAAAGGAAAACAUUGUUGUACAAAUAUUACCUCAUAACUGUUUUGUAAUUUGAUCAAGCAAAAGUUUUUCACUUUUUCCUUUGCUUAAAGAAAAAAAAAAGGUUGCUUUAUUGCUACUGUAGCACAAGUUGUAAAUAGUAUUUUCUAAAGAAAAAACACCCUGCCCCACACACAAUGGAAAAUAGUAAAAUGAGAUGACUUCUUUUUUAGGAAAACAUUAGCCAGUGCUUCAAAUUUCCAGUACAUUUUUUUUUUUAAAUUAUUGCUCUUUGUUGUCUCUGUUUGUAAGACUGUUUCAUGUGUGUGUGUGUGUGUGUGUGUGUGUGUGUGUGUGUGUGUGUGUGUGUGUGUGUGUAGAUAAAAGCUAUUUAAAUAAUUUAUCAUGGAGUGCAGCCUGAUGAGGAGGCAUUUCCUAAACAGUUUGCACACUGAUGUGAGGAUGUUCUGUUCUGUUCAUUGUCUUUAUCUUUAUUGUGUUGUUAUUUUUGUACAAGUAUUGAUGCUUGACUGUAAACAUUUUUACUUAGUUAUACAAUGCAAAAUGCUAUUUUUUCAUAUAGCAAUUAUUUUGAUACAUACUUCGAAAUAAUAAACAGAUGCUAGAAAUUGUAAAA